AUGCCUGUCAGCAGUGGCAGUAUCAUCUGUGUAUUGCAGCACAGCUCUCAGUGCGGAGGCUUUUGUUUCAGCAUAGUGGAGCCUCUGCUGCCAUAUGUCGCCUCUGUUCAAGAGAAGGAGAGUCGGUUCAGCGCGUUGACUGCUAAGAUUCAGCAGCUCGAGGCAACUAUUGAGUCUUUAGAGAGUCAACUAGAACUGAGCAAAUCACAUCAAAGACAUUGCUUGACCAAGGGCGAAUUGCUGGCCUCCAACCAAGACUUGGUUAAUAAGCUCCAAGAGGCAAUGAGAGGGCAAAUUGUAAACUGCAAGGCAGAUCAACUUGGCUCGGAGCUGAAGAACCAGAGUUCUGAAAUCCUAAGACUCAAAAGCGAAGCUCAAGCAGUGCCUGAAAAGCGGCUCUCUGCAAAGGAGGCAGAGGCAGAGGCAGAGUCUGAAGUGGCUUUCCCCUCAAGUUGCAUAGGUAAAGAGGAUGGAAUCUACGAGCUGAAAGUGUCCGAUUCGAACCCCUUUGAGGUGCCCUGCGAUUCGAGUCUGGUCGAUUCCGGUUGGACAGUAAUUCAGCGUCGUCUAGACGGCUCUGUAGACUUCAAGCGGAGCAUGCUGGACUACCGCUCGGGCUUUGGGCAAUUGGAGGGAGAAUUUUUCAUUGGCCUCGACAAACUGCACCAAUUGACGAGCUCACAGCCACACGAGCUCUAUGUAUACAUGAAGGAUGUUAAAAACAAAAUAUUAUAUGGACGUUAUGCUAACUUCAGCAUAGCCGGAAAAGAGGACAACUUCAGACUCAAUUCAUUGGGAAGCUACGAGGGCAACGUGAAUGAUGGCAUGUCCCACCAUCUCCAUUGGGAGUUCUCAACUUUUGAUCAUGAUCACGAUUUGUUUCCCAAUUACAAUUGCGCACUCUUGGCUCAAUGUGGUUGGUGGUUCAGCUCAUGCUUCGACAGUCUCAAUGCAAAGUAUGAUACGGCGCGAGGACUCGGCAACUCGGCAACUCUGACAGAUUGCCAUGGCUACAUUUCAAAGGGCCCAAACAAAGUGUUGCCCUAUGUCAUGCGUUUGCCGCAAUUUGUAUACACAAUUCAUGGAAAAUUGAGGAGCAUGUUUGACAAGAGCAAUCCGAGCAGCUUAAGUGCAGCGGGCAGCAUACAGGAGAUAGCCGGACGCCUGGCCGAGGAGCAGGAACGUUUGCGCCAGCUGGAGGCUAGCUCCACGGCGCCCAAGGAGCGCACCUUAUUCGUGCUGGGCAGCAAGUGUGUGGGCAAGUCGAUGGCUAUAAAUAGGUUUUUCGACCGGGAGGAGCUGACGACGCGUCCAACAAUGGCUCUGGAAUAUAGCUAUGGUCGGCGCAUGGGCAGCGGCAAGGGUGCACAGGUGUUGAACGUCUGGGAGCUGGGCUCCCUGGACAAUGCGGAGCAGUUGCUGGAGGUGCCGAUGCGCACGCAUGGACUGCAGCAGAUGUCCGCCUUCAUCAUGAUCGAUCUGUCCCAGCCGCAGCGCGUGUGGUCGGAUCUGGAGUGUGCAUAUCGAGGAUUGAGGGACACGGCACAACGGAUGCUGCAGCUGGCAACGCCGCAGCUACGUGAGGACAUGGAGCGACGCUCCUUGGAGCGAGUGAAGCAUGCGCAGCAGGACCUCAACUCACUGGAGCUGUUGCCCUUUCCCGUUGUCAUUGUGGGCGGCAAGUACGACGUCUUCAUGGACUUCGAGCCGGCGCUGAAGAAGCACAUAUGUCGCUGCCUGCGCUCCAUGGCGCACCUGAUCGGUGGCGCCGUCUUGUUCUAUUCCCACAAGCUGCCCAAGCUGUCCAAGGUGCUAAGAGAUACCAUCAACCAUCUGGGCUUUGGCAGCCCCACCAAUCCAUUUCGAGGACAUGUUACUGACUACAAUGAAGCGCUCUCCAUCUGGUUUGGCACGGACAGUUGGGCUCAGAUUGGCAUUGGGGAGAUCGCUGGUCGCUGGAGUGUGGAACGCAUCGGUGCCACACUCAGCGUUGAAGUGCCACAGCUGCAGCUAGAGAAACAGAAGCAGCAACUGCCCCAAGACCCAGCCAAGGAUGCGGGCUUCAAGGAAUCCCUAAUCGAUGAUAUGCGUUCCCAGAAAGACGACGAACUCGCUGCUAUUAUGCGAGAUGUCAACUUGCGUGGCAAAUUCGAAAGUGUGAUUGACUAAAUGAGGGUAUUACUGGAUUGUUAUCACUCGAACUUAACUAUUAUAUGGACUUGCUUGGGACUUGUUAGUGCUCGCUUGGGAAUGGAUUUACAUGACUUU